UUUAUUAGAAAGAUGGAGAGAUGAGAAGAGAGACGGACACAGAGAGAUCUUCUGUCUGCUGGUUCAUUCCCUAAAUGCCUUCAACAGCAGAGCUGGGUCAAGCGGAAGCCAGAGCCUGGAACUCCACCUGUCUUCCACGCGGGUGAUGGGAGGCGAGCGCUUGAGCCAUCACCCUGUGCCGCCCAGGGAGCAUGCUAGCAGGAAGCGGAAUAGUGCUGGAGGAGCCGGGACUCACGGCAGGCCUGUCUGGAAGUCUGAUUCCAGAGCCAGGUGAGCACAGGAGGCAUCCUAAGUAGGCCCAGACGCACUAUAAGAGUCCUGCAAGGCUGGCACAGCACCUUGGCUUGGAAGGACAUGGGGAGUCCCAGGUCCCACAGCUCCCCGUAACUGCUGCUGGCUGCUGCACGUGGAAGGGAGAACUACAGACCACAGGUUUGCUUUUAUAGAUCAUGGCUACUGCACCUGCUGUGGCAGGUGAAAAGUCAAGCUCCAGUGACAGUGACAGUGACACUGAAAAUGAUAGCUCUGAAGCCAGUGAGACCACGGAGAGCGUGUCCUCUUUUGAUCAAUUUGAAGAAGAAGAUGACCUGAGCUCAGAAGGCAUCGUAGAAGAGCCAACUUCCAGGCAACUGCAGUUUGAAAUCAAUGAAGAGACACCUCCAGGAGCUGAAGCUACAGUUGAGAACAGCUGUCAGUUGGGAGAAUCAGGAUUAACUGAAUGUGGGGAAAUUCUAAAGAAACUCUCCAGGUACCUUUGGGCCCACCUGUCAAAAUCCGAGAGGGUCAGCUUGCUGAAAGACUUCGUUGAAUCUGAAUUUUUUUUGAUUGAUGGAGAUUCCUUACUCCUCACUUGUGCUCUCCAUGUGAACCUCAAGAUGGGGCAAACCCUCCACUUCUUCUACAUUAUGGAGCGGUUUCUGCACGACUUCAUUCAAAAGGAAGCCAGAUUUGUAAUCGUCUUUUUUAAGGAUGCAGAAAAUAUAUAUUUUAACUGCCCUCAUUUUCUGGCCCUUCGUACUGCCCUGAUUCAACAUUUAGAAUACAAUACUGAUGUCACUGUUCAUACUGAGUUUUCCAAUUGUUUGUCUCCAGAAUGGAACACAUUUCUUGAGGAAUGCUACCCGCAUUUCUUGGUCGUCUCAGACGAAGGAAUCACCGCUCGACAAACAGAUUUUUUAAACAUUUUUAUCAUUCAUGCUCUUCAGAAGAAAAUCAAUAUAGUACAGCCCUUGGGGCUAGAGUCGGAUGUCCUUAGAAUUUAUGGAUAUCAUACCUCAAGUCGCUUUGAGCACAGACAAUUCUUUGAAAUGCAUGAGAAACAGCUGCGACAUGCCUUGGUUUUCCAAAAGUCACAGGAAGCAAGAAUAUCUGUGUGUGGUCAUUUGAAAUUAAAUGUGGAAGACCUGCAGAAAGAGGUGCAUCAAACCCUGUCCUUGCUUCAGGACCUGUGGCCACAAGGAGCUGAAAUCCGAGGUGUUGUCUGCUCCGUUUCAUGCUCGGUGGCACUAAAGCUCUACAAAAAAAUGUUACUAGAUUUAGAAGACCGUGGAAACCCAAACACAUACACAGAAAACUGUGAUACACAGGAUUUGAAGGAGGCACCCACACUCAGUGAAGCAGCAGACCUGUGCCGAAUGUACUGUCUCAGUGUGAUUUUCCUUCAGCAUUUACCUCUGAUCCAAAGAGCUAAGAGUAGAAUCAUUACUCACAAAUGGGAUGCAACACUUUCUCCAUUUCUAAGAAUGCUAAAACAAUGUGAAUUUCUCAUCCUAAAACAAUUAAAAGUUACAAAUAAUUGGAGUGUGGAUUUCACCGGCCUCCCUGACUUAACUGAUAAUAUUUUAUGGAAAAAUAUUGCUUAUUAUUAUGAAAUUGAGUAUCACAGAGGACUGGACUUGGAAUUGGGUGACGCUCUGAUGCACGCAUAUCACAAGCUGUGGAACACAACGUUAGCUUUGUCAGAGGGUGGUGACUUUGGAGACUCCAUGCCCGUGAGGACAACUUCCAGACUGUUCCUUACACAGAAGGAAACAUUGCCUAAAGGAUCAAAUCAAGAAAUUCCCAAGCUUGGACUAAUUCCUCUGAAAUCCGAGGUUAUAGAAGAUUACGCUGGAGAUAUUUGGUCCGAACUACCUUUUGUAAGCAGUGAUGACCCAGCUAUCACCUGUCUUUCUAAGAAGAGAGAGUUUGAUGAGCUCAAACAUUGGCAUUCCUCUCGACCUCUAAGUGAUGAUUUUGAAAGGACAAGAAACAGCGAUAGUGCUAAAUCCAAAGAUGCCAAAGAAAGAAGAGAUACACAGAAACUGUAUCAUUUUUAUCAUGUGUUUGGAAGGUCUUUGGUAGGAAGUAACAGAUCAAUAAGGAUUACAAAAGUGGGCUCGCUGCCAUCUCCAGCAAAUUCUUCUGGGCAGAAGAAAAGACAGCAUCAGAAGAAAAAUGCAGAAAAACUUAUUGAAGAAAAUCAAAAGAGACAACUAGCUAAACUAGAGAAAAAGGAGGAAGAGAGAUGGAAUAAUUUGUCUCUCUCUAUUGAAAAAGAAAUUAAAGAGAAUCUUCACUCUGGAAUCAAAAGACUAGAAGAUUUUCUCCAGAUAUGUGCUGUUAAAUCUGUAAAAUUUAUUGCAGAAAUGGUUGGAUUGGAUGCCUGUUUCAAAUUAUGGAAAGAAUGCUGUCUAAAACCAGAAGCAGAAUCCAAAGAUAUAAAUGUGGUAAUUCAGAUGAUGAAGAGAAUUCACAUACUGCACGAGAAGUACUCAGAAUUGUUACAGAAUACACACAGGCAAAAAUUAGCCAAAUAUCUAAAAUAUAUCGGGUUUGACAACUUGGCACACACGUUACGUCCUCAGGGGAAGGAGUCAGGUGCUGGGAAGGAUAUUUCUAAAUACUCAGUUCACAUGGGAGCCGCUCGGUUUCAGUUAACGCACAUGGGCCCUUACUUGUUCCGAGAAGAAAGAAGUGAUCCAGAUCCCCGGGUGCAUCAUUUUAUACCGGACACGUGGCAGAGGGAACUCCUGGAUGUCGUAGAUAACAAUGAGUCGGCUGUGAUUGUUGCUCCAACCUCAUCAGGGAAAACCUACGCCUCCUACUACUGCAUGGGGAAAGUCCUGCGGGAGAGCGAUGACGGAGUGGCCGUGUACGUUGCGCCCACAAAGGCUCUGGUUAACCAGGUGGUGGGAACUGUCUACAAUUUGUUUACUAAAGCACUGCCGAAAGGCUCAGUGGUGUGUGGAGUUUUCACAAGGGAUUACCGCCACGACACCUUGAACUGUCAGAUAUUAGUAACAGUGCCUCAGUGUUUGGAAUUACUCUUGCUAUCACCUCAUUAUCAGAAAUGGACAGAAAGAAUGCGCUAUGUCAUAUUUGAUGAGGUUCACUGCCUUGGGGGAGAAGUUGGAGCGGAAGUGUGGGAACAUCUCCUUGUUAUGAUUCGUUGUCCCUUUUUGGCCCUUUCUGCUACUAUCAGUAACCCUGAGCAUCUCACUGAGUGGUUGGCGUUAGUUAAAGGAUAUUGGCAACGUGUUGAAAGCACAAUGGAAAAUGCUGAUCCAUCAAGAAAUGCCUUAAAAAGCUCAAAGAGACAACAACGAACAAGAGUGGGAAAGCCAUCGUACAAAGUUAGACUGGUGUGUUACAAAGAACGAUACAACGAUCUAGAAAAGUAUGUGUGUUCUCUAAAGGAUAACGAUUUUGUCAUUGCACACUACCACCCGUGCGCUGCACUCACAGUCAACCAUAUAGAGAAGUAUGGAGUCCCUGCAGACCUUCAGUUUUCUCGGGAAAGCAUACUUCUGUAUGAUGCUAUG